AUGGCAGAGCUCACACCCAAAUCUCUCUUCGCACCAGUGUUGCAUUCGACGAACCUGACGUACACUCUAAUCCAGAGUAAAGAUAUCGACUUUUUUGCUGUUUUAUUCAACUCCGCCAUGGGCCCCGAGGUGGAGCGUUAUACCCCGUCAUCUAUUCGAGAACUCCUCAUUAAUACCUCGCCCCGACCGAGUGAAAUUCAUGGUGAAAGGUCCAAAGACGCUUCCGUAUAUGUCGUACGCCUGAAAGGUGAAAGGAUCGGCGAAAUCAAUCUUUCACGACGAACAUCUAACUUUCCCCUCGAUAUCGGUUUUGCUUUUCUGCCCGAAUACCGAGGCAAAGGUUACGGAACUGAGGCCGCUACGAGGAUAAUACGAUAUUGGAAAGAUGAAUUUGGAAUUAUUGAGAUAUGUGGGCUCGUUUCCGACAAGAACAUGGCAAGCCGAAAGCUACUUGAGAAAAUAGGCUUGAAAGAGAAUGGCUGGGUCAUGUCAUCGGGUAAUGGGCCGAUGCUCUAUUAUUCCCUACCAGGGAUGCCCAAAGAAGAAGGACGAGAGUUUUCACUUAAGGGAGAAAAACCAAAUAAGGGGGAGGCUAUUUCUCUAGAUUAA